AUGUUCUUAAAUGGUUUUAUGUACAGGCAUAAUGGGAAAAAAAAUGGAAUCGCUUACUAUAAAUGUGCAAAAUCUCAGGAGUUCUUUUGUGAUGGAACUGCUAGGAAAAAUGUUGAUGGUACAUUUUCUGAAUUAAAACCACAUUCAAGAGCACACAUUGCAAAUAGAGACGAUGAAUCAAAUCUGAUUGUUUUAUUUAGAGAUGCAUUGAAGGAACGAUCUAAAAAUGAAAAUAUCUCAUUGAAACUGAUUUAUGAUGAUGAAGCACAAAGACACAGAGUUGCCGCUGGUUUUUAUCCCUGGUCAACUGCAGAAAGUAUAAUGCGCUCAGUUAGAAGAUCCUCCCUACCAGCUUUACCUCAUUCGUUGCACGAGUUAGCUGUCAAAUUUGAUAAUGGAGAUUUAUCCAGAUAUAUGUGUUGCAACAGUUCCAUAUUUAGUGGAUCAGUUAGAGAUCCUGACGUUCUGUCACAUGGCAUAACUGAGGUCCACGCGGAUGCCACAUUUAAAAUAGUACCGUUUAAUAUGGGCAGUCAACUGCUGAGUAUUCAUUUUAUGAUGGAUAAUUUAUCGAUACCAAUAGCCUAUGCACUAAUGGAAACAAAAUCCAGAAACUCAUAUCAAUGCGUGAUGGAUUAUAUGAAGAACAAUUUAUUUCCUAACUUAUCGCCAUCAUUGAUAAUGACUGAUUUUGAACCAGCACUUAGAGAUGCAUUAUCUUCUAGUAUAGGUGUUGAAGGGACACGUGUCUUAGGGUGUUGGUUCCAUCAUAACCAGGCAGUAUGGAAAAAAAUGAAAUCUUUGAAUUAUUUACCAACUGUUAAUUCAAAUCCAUAUGCUUUGAAGACUUUAAAAAUUCUAAUGUGCUUACCAUUAUUACCUAGUGCAGAAAUUGAACAAGGUUUUCUACUCACUAAGGCAUAUGCUAUCCACCACAACGUUCCAUUAACUAAUCUCUUUGAAUAUUACCAAAAUUACUGGAUAGGACGUAUCGGAGUUAAUGUUUUAUCUGUGAAUGGUGUCUCAAGAAGGACAAAUAAUAACUUGGAGAGCUUUCAUAACUUUUUGAGACACAAGUUCUCUAUUGCACAUCCAAAUUUAUGGGUCUUCCUUGGGUCUUCGACAGUAAAACUAAAACGUAACAACGCUCACUAG